UCUCGCGCCCUGCCGACCGCCCAUUCCCCUCCUCUCCUCACUCUUCCUGUACCGCAGACACUGCACACACCACGCACUGCACACACUACACACACACACCGCCCAAGCCCACCAUCGUCUCGCAAUCGCGUAUUCAUCGCGUACCCACGACCCACCACGCCCAGUCGCGGACACCCCCCAGCAGUCGCGUAUGAGACAAAAUGGCCGAAGCAACUGCAGGCAACGGAACCGAGGCGUCGCACAGCCUGGCCUCGAUGACGGCAGCCCAGCCCAAGAAGGUGGCCUAUUUCUACGACUCGGACGUGGGCAACUACGCCUAUGUCGCGGGGCACCCCAUGAAGCCGCACCGCAUACGCAUGGCGCAUAGCCUGAUCAUGAACUACGGCCUGUACACCAAGAUGGAGAUUUACCGCGCAAAGCCCGCCUCCAAGUACGAAAUGACGCAGUUCCACACGGACGAAUACAUCGAGUUCCUGCACAAGGUCACGCCCGACAACAUGGACAACUUUGCUAAGGAGCAGAGCAAAUACAACGUCGGUGACGACUGUCCUGUCUUCGACGGCCUGUUCGAGUUCUGCGGCAUCAGCGCCGGCGGCACCAUGGAGGGCGCGGCGCGUCUGAACCGGGGCAAGUGCGACGUCGCCGUCAACUGGGCCGGUGGUCUGCAUCACGCGAAGAAGAGCGAAGCUAGUGGUUUCUGCUAUGUCAAUGACAUCGUCCUCGGCAUCAUCGAGCUCCUCCGGUACAAGCAGCGCGUCCUCUACAUCGACAUCGACGUCCACCACGGAGACGGUGUCGAGGAAGCCUUUUACACCACCGACCGCGUCAUGACCGUCUCCUUCCACAAGUACGGCGAGUACUUCCCCGGCACGGGCGAGCUGCGCGAUAUUGGCGUGGGCAGCGGCAAGAACUACUCAGUCAACUUCCCCCUUCGCGACGGCAUCACAGAUGAAACGUACCGCAACAUCUUCGAGCCUGUCAUCGAGGCCGUCAUGACAUACUACGGGCCCGAAGCCAUCGUGCUGCAGUGCGGUGGUGACAGUCUGUCCGGAGACAGGUUGGGCUGCUUCAACCUGAGCAUGGACGGCCACGCCAACUGCGUGCGCUACGUCAAGAGUUUUGGAGUGCCCGUCAUUGUGCUUGGUGGCGGGGGCUAUACUAUGAGAAACGUCGCGCGAACCUGGGCAUUCGAGACUGGCACCCUCGUUGGCACAAACAUGUCCAAGCAGCUCCCCUUCAAUGACUACUACGAGUACUUUGCUCCUGACUACGAACUAGACGUCCGACCCUCCAACAUGGAAAACGCAAACUCGCACGACUACCUGCACAAAAUAAAGUCAACCGUCAUCGAGAACAUCCGAAGAACCGGCAGACCCUCCGUCGAGGCAUUCACCAACAUCCCACCCAGUCUCAGGCGGGACAUGGAAUCCGACGCCGAAGACGAAGAAGACGACUUCGACGCCGACCAGCACCCGGACGCGCGCAUGACGCAGCGCCAACGCGACCAGCAAAUCGAGCACGACGGCGAACUCUACGACGCCAGCGACGACGAAGACUACAACAACAACCUCGGCGUGCGCCCCCAGCCAGGCACAAAACAACGCCGCAACAUCACAGACUUCCAGAACCCAAAUGCCGCCCCCGUAGAUGAGUUGGAUGCGCUGAAUGGCGAUAGCGCGCUCUCCACUCGACCGCCCUCCCUCGCUAGAUCGACCCCCGUCGUCGCACCUGAACACGACGCUGACGCUGACGACGAUGGCGACGUCGAUAUGGAUGCGCCCGUUGCUGCGCGCGCGUCGGUACUCGAGCACUCCCCGGCUGGCGUCGUCACUCCGCCGGAAUCUCCCGCGCCUACUACGUCCAUCCCCGCGCCUGCACCUGUCCUCGCGUCCACUACCGCUGACGUCGAUAUGGAGGAGGUUGCGCAGGCGAAAGCGGAGGGCGAGGCGGAGCGCGACGGCGAGAAUGUCGCGGGUGAGGUCAGGACAGAGGUUGCUAAGGAGUGAACGCGCAUACGUGGGUUUGAGGGCAUUGAUUGGCGUUAUUGGGGGAAGUUUUCGAUCUUUUGAGACUUUUUUGUUGGGUUGAUAGCUGGGUGUUUUGGUGUGUUUGGGAUACCUUUGUUUAUUGUUUGGUGGUUGACUGGAUGGGUUGGGUUGGUUUGGUUUGGUUAGAUGCAGUACAAUAUG